GAACCGGCGCGGUCCGGAGCCGCGUGCAGUGUGUUGGGGCAUGCCCCGCUACGAGCUGGCUUUGAUCCUAAAAGCCAUGCAGCGGCCAGAGACCACUGCUGCUCUGAAAAGGACGCUCGGAGCCUUGAUGGACAGAGGGGCGAUAGUGAGGACCUUGGAAAACCUGGGCGAACGUGCGCUUCCCUACAGGAUGUCCACCCACGGCCAGCGGCACAGCAGAGGAGGGUAUUUCUUGGUGGAUUUUUAUGCCCCAACGGCAAGUGUGGAGAGCAUAGUGGAUCACUUGUCUCGAGACAUUGAUGUGAUUAGACCUACCAUUGUGAAGCACCCUCUGACCCAGGAGGUGAAGGAGUGUGACGGGAUUGUCCCGGUCCCACUUGAGGAGAAGCUGUAUUCCACCAAGAGGAGGAAGUGAGAAGACUCACCAGGUUGGGCCUUGUGUCUAAUUCACUCGCUUUGGAGCACCGUGGAUUACUCAUUUGCAAGCUUGGCCUUUGUGUUAAGUGGGUCACAGUGCACCGCGAGGUCCUCUUCGCUGCGAAAGGCGGGGCAGUGAUGGCUGGAGCUGCUUUGUAACCCGCGUGGUUCCAGCGCGCGGUUCCUGACUCCGUUAAACUCAGUGCAGUGUUUGGUCGGUGAGAUCUCUCUGCCCUGCAACACUCACAUCCCUUUAAAUAAUAAAACAUAAAAGUGUCUUCGAUUGCAAGCUAGUCAUUCAGGCUGUAUAACUUGGUGAAAUAAAAUAUCACUGUAAAACCA